UCCUCCUCCCCUGGGGUUUUUGAUCACAGAGAGAGAGAGAGAGAAGAAAAGGGGCCGCAGCCUCCCUUGCCUUCGCUCCUGCGUAUAACCUCCGAAGAAGAACAAGUCCUCCAUCAGAGGAGAAGUUGAUUUCUAUCGAGAUUAUCAGAGAUAGUUUGAGAAAUCGAGGAAAGCUUCGAUUUCUCUUCGCCCUUUUCCUGCCUCGGCCCCGUGUUUCCCCUCAAAUCUUUCCUCCAAAGCUUUUACUUUUGGUAGAAUUCGAAGCUUUGGAUCUUCUUCUCGAAUUCUCGAUCCUAUCUGUCCCAUUCUUCCUUCCCCUUUUCCCCUAUCCGCUCUCCUCCCGGGGAACCCAAAAAAGUCCCCUUUUCCGAAUCUUUUUCGGAUUAGGGUUCCUCUCCUUUGUCCCGUUCGGCCUUGGCGUCGGACUCCUUGGGGUUCGGCCUUUUAGAUCGGAAAGCUUCGACUUUGGGAUCGGCGGACCAGUCUAUUGGGGCUUCUGGAGUGUUCUGGAGAUCGGGUUAUGGAUUCUGGUCCUUUGGAUCUUUGUUGUUGCUGGGGUUUCCGUUUCGCUUGUCGGGUCUCUCUUUUCUGUUGAAAAAAAGGCUCUUUUUUGUCUCUAGUUUUUGCUCCCGAAACCUGGAACUCUUCAUGGUUUAGGAUAUGGAAGAAGACUGCACUUUAAAGAUCAUCUCGGUGCUGUUCCAAUUUCGGUAUAGUUGCUUUAAGUGAUCGUUUUCCUGCAUGUGUUUUGGUGUUUCGGUUGGUUGGUGAUACCAUUCUCGCAAACGUGAUCUUGGUUUUUUGCUCGGGGUGGUGCGUUGACGACCACUUAGAUUUUUUUUGACACUCCCUUUGGAUUCUGAAAGUGUGGUUUGAGAGUAGGAGGUCAAAAUUUUGCUUUACUGGUAUAGUCAGUUUAUUUGUAGAUUGAUUUCUCUCCAUUUGGAGGCUCCUUGGGUUGUCAAUUGUCUCUUUGGGGUGACGGGUUGUGACGAGGUCAAUGGUGAGGCUUUGAAGCUGGAAAUGAGUUUGGGGACAUGGUGCAUGGACAAGAGCAUGGCCAGCGGUCGGUUCCCUUAUUGGAACAGCUGCACUGGAAACUAAGACUUGUAGCUGAUCCAGGGUCUCCGUGCAAUGUCUCGCUGCUUCCCAUUUCCACCACCAGGAUAUGAAAAGAAGCUGAGGAGUGACAACGUAGAUUUACUACCCAAGGAGAAGCACAAAGAGAAGAAGCAUAAAAAGGAGAAGAGGGACAAAGAAAAUAGAGAAGGUAAAGAGAAAAAGGACAAAGACAGAAGUAAAGAUAAACACAGAGAGAAGAAAGAUCGAAAAGAAAAGCACAAAGAUAAGAAAAAGGACAAAGAUAAGGACAAAAGCAGGCAAUCAGAGAAUCGAGGAACUGAAGAACAGUUCGAGGGUCACCAUGAAGACAUAUUUGGGGAAUGCAGCCAGAAGGCUGGGGAACUUGAAAAUUAUAAAUUUACAGAGGAGUUGGCCAGGAGGAUCAAGGAUGAGGAAAAGGGAGCUGCAAAUAGUAGGGUUGAAGACUUCACCAGUUCAAUACAAAGAACCAAUGAAAAAUCGAAUGCUGCCACUGUGGUGGAGAAGAAAAGAGUUACAGGUAAUGAAAUGGUUUCAAAUUCCAUUGUUACAAUGCAAAGGAGAAAUGAUGGGAUGGGACAUCCACAGAAUAACUUUGCCAGUCAACUUCAGAGAAGAAUUGAGGGUAUUGGCUCUGGAACUGCAAUGCAGAAGGAAAGAUGUACAAAUAAUGAAGUGGUUCCAAACAGCAUUAGUUCAGGGCAAAGAGGAAACAAUGGAAUGGUCCGACCAGCAGAAAAUUCCCCAAAUUCUAGUCAAAGAAGAUAUGAGGGUCCAUACAUUGCGACUGCAUCAGAGAAGGAAAGAGGCACGAGUAACAAAAUCUUCUCAAAAUCCAGUGUUACAGUGCAAAGGGCACAUGAUGGGAUGGGCCGACCAGCAGAUAGUCUUUCUGGUUUAUCCGGUUCUGUUCAAAGAAAAAUUAAUGGCAUGGGCCUUGCAACUGCAAUGGACGAGGAAGGAGGAAAAGGUAAUGAAAUCAUUCCUAACCACAUUAUUGCAGAGCAAGGAAGAAGUGAUGGGAUUGGAAAACCGGUGGCAAAGAAUGCAGAUAAAAAGAUUGAAGGGAAGGAGAAGACCAAAGAGAGGGGAGUGUAUGAUGAAAAGAAAGAAAAACACGAGGACCAAAACCAGGAUGAGAAGAACAAAGGAAAGGAUCAAGACCGACACCAUGAGAAGGAAAAGGAGAAGGAAAAGAUAAGAGAGAAAGGUGAGCACAAGCAUAAAGAACAACAUAAACGAAGAGACAGUGGAAAAAAGGAUCAGAUAGAUAGUUUAAAUAUAAAGCCCUUAGCCCCUCAAAAAGACAAUGAGAAGAGAUCAGGUACUGAUGAUAAUACCAAGAAGAGGAAAGACUUUGAGAUGAAUGGUUUUUUGCCUGAGAAUGAUGUGCGGCCUAACAAGGUUUCAAGAGCAGCACCUUCUUCUCACCUCCCUGUGGAGAAUGGCAGAACACUGGGGUUAUCUCCUGUUGCUGCACCUUGUUCUUCCAUUAAGCCUGGAGUCAAAAAUAAUACCAUGGCGGAAAGAGUCCUAGAAAUUAAGGAUCAGAAGAUAAAUGGCAUUACAGAAGCAAAGACACCUUCGGCUGGCUUGAGCCUAGUUCCUACAGGAACUAGCAAGAAGGCCAAAGCUCCCUUGAAACCUGCUCACCCUGAUUCUAAGUAUCUUAGCCAGAUAUAUUCUCUUCCCAAAAUGGAAGAAUGGCCUGAUUCUGAUGAUCAAGAGUGGCUUUUCAGCAGUGAUCACGGCCGGCCAAAUCCUAAAAUGAAGUUUGAGGCUCAUGAAACACCCCAGGUGUGGGCCCAGGCAUUACGGAUCGAGCCAGCGGAUGUUAUUGCUUUGCCAUAUGUCAUUCCUUUCUGAUACUAGAUUUUCUAUUUAUACUUGAAUGCUGAUCCCUGAAAUCUCAUUGAAGGUAUGGCAGCAUGGCAGUGUAGAUGCCUGUUUUUCUUGCUGCCUUUUUACACUAAUCCUGUUUUACCAGGCAUCAUCAUGGACUUCUUGCCUUCAGGUGAAACUGUCACCACUCAUUGCAUGCUCCCAUCAAAUGGGCUUGGAUAUAUCAACAUCUCGUUGUCCAUACCAAUUACAGGAGUCCUUUCAGAUAGAAACUUCAUGUAAUGCAAUAUCCGAAAUCCAUAUCAGUGAACUGAGAUGUUGAUAGGCCUUGCUAGUUUUCGUUUUUCUCAAGAAUCUGAGUUCGUAUUGGGAGAAGUAGGGGGAAGCAGGGAGCGGGCUUGUUGUUGGACCACACAAUUUUGAUUUGUAUCAUGUAAAUCUCUUCAUAAUUAGAAAUGUAAAAUAGAGGGGCGAAAAAGAAAGAAGUAAAUGAAAGAGGCUAUUGUCAUUCCUUCAUUCUG